AUGGCAACAGAAAGACAAGUUGAUAACAUCAUUCAACCCGCUAUCUCGAGAUUCAAUAGUCACUAUGAUCAUUGGACAAUGUUGAUGGAAAAUUUCCUCAGAUCAAAGGAGUUCUUUGAUAUGGUGGAGCAACAGUUGACAGCAUCGAAGUUGAAGGAUCUGAAGGUUAAGAACUACUUAUUCCAGUUCAUUGAUCGGACUAUCUUGGAAACGAUGCUUCAGAAGAAGACAUCUAAGGAAAUUUGGGAUUCAAUGAGGAGGAAGUAUCAAGACUCAACGAGAGUAAAGCGUGCUCAACUUCAAGCAGUUAGAAGAGACUUUGAAAUUCUCCAAAUGCAAAAGGGAGAAACGGUGAAUGAUUAUAUUGACAAGGUUAUGAGUCUUGCAAGUAAAAUGAGGAUGCAUGGUGAUUCAAUCACGGAUGUUACGGUUGUAGAAAAGAUUUUGCGAUCUCUAACUCCAAAGUUCGAUUACAUUAAGCUUAAUCGCACGAGUGCAAUGGAGGAGAUGACAGCCUUAAAGAUAUCCACACCAAGUGAAACUUCAAGCUCCAGAGGUAGAGGGCAAAGAAGAAGUAGAGAUCGUGGAAGAGGCGGUCAAGAAAGAAGUGGGGAUGUUGGCAGGUUAGCAGAUCUAGUCAGAGACAAUUAUGACAACAAAGACAAGAGACAUUUUGAUAAGUCUAAGGUAGAAUGCUACAGAUAUGGACGCCUUAGACAUUACAGGAAUGAAUGUUAUACUAGGCUCCAAAAGGAUAAAAGAGACGAAUCCAACUUUGUCCAGAAAAGAGAAGAAGAAACAUUGUUAAUGUCAUUCCAUGCUAUGAAGGUUGCAGAUCAAGGUGUGUAG